ACUUCCUCACCCCGUUUUCUUGGAUCCGACCUGGGAAGAGUGCUGCCAUCUGACAUCACCAGCAGUCCUCAUUACUGGCAAACCAAAACGCCGAACUCAUCCAGUACGCCCUUCACUUUUCAUCAGAAACCCGGCCUACCCCUUCCCGGGUCCUCCAGGGAUCUCCUGAGAGUGAGAGCACACAAUACUGCAAUACCUGAGGUAUCCGUCUGUGCUCACCAGCACCUCUCAUCAUCAUCUCAACGUCCAUCGCCUGGCUGUCGCAGGGACACCAGACACGACGUCACGAGUAAGAGUCACCCAAGCGCAACGUGCGACAUCCCACCGACCCACAAAUCCUCCUCGCCUUCACUAUUCACUCGCUCGCGACAAUAAGCAAGUUUGGUAUUGUCAGCAAGGCCUGCAGUCAAUUCACUCGGAAACGAGUCAAGUCCAACGCCCGGACUCCCCGCUUCUCAUCACGACAUUACUUUCAAACACCGCGAACACGGACACACCAUGGCAGAAAGCGCCCAACCCAAACCCCUUCCGCCUCAUCUGCGCAAAAGGCUGGACAAGCCUCCAGUGCCCGUGGCCCCUCCCAAUCAGUUCGGCUGGCCGCAAGCAAGCUCCAGUAAAGCUCCCGCAGCGGCGCCUCCCGUUCAAACACCCCUCUCACCCCCUGAGAGCGCGCGCGACGAACAUGCGAACGACAGUGGUGUCGCCGUCAGUCCUAAGCAGCACGCUCACUCCACUCCAGUCACCUCUUUCAGUCACGACGCUGCACCCAACCCACCUGCACCAGUCUCGGCCCAACAACACCAGAGUCCAUCCCAUCAAAGUCAAGACCAUGGUACAGGUCGCGGUCGUGGUCGUGGGGGUCGUGGUCGAGGUCGAGGUCGUGGACGUGGCCGGGGCGGACAGAACCCUCCCCCUCGCGAAUCACGCUGGCCCAAGAAUUCCAAGCUUAGGGGUGAUCCGAAGCGAUGGAAGCACGGCUGGAUCGACACCCACGAGGACCUCGACUCCGGUGAUGACGAAUGGAAAAAGGGCUGGAUCACUACCGACGAUGUGCGCAACUCCCAACCCAACUUUCAGUGGCGGGAACAGCAGCAGAACGACGACGACACUCAAGACGACUCCUCCAACGCCGCCAACAACUGGCAAGAGGGCAAGACGAAACGAAAGUACGUCGACGGCGGUACUGAUGAUAAGCUCCAUCCCCUCGCCGACUGGACCGGAGGGUUCGCGCCUGCGCCGCUCGAUUGGGACAGUCGGCCAGGCUACCGCGAUGGGCAGAGCACCGCCAGGAUUGCAAAGUGGCUGGAUCGCAUCUUCGAGGAGAUGUGCGGCAAGACGUGGGGCAUCUCAAUGUCCAGUGUGUUGAUCGAUCAUCGCACUUACGCCUUCACUUGCGACCUUGACGACCCUACCAGAGUCCUGCAGGGCGACGCGGCGCCUUGGUAUUGGAGGCCUAUUGUCAUCGGCCACCAAGCGCCCAUGACCUUCUGGAACGAGUUGAAGAAGUCCACUUCACCCACGCCAGCCGACGCAGACGAUCUGAACGAUGUCCAGCCAUGGUGGCAGACGUACGAGAGAGGCACUCACUUUCUCAAGCCCUACCAACACCCAGACAUCCGCGGCAUCGACCCCAAAAAGGAGAGCGAAGACGAGCGGCUCGCGCGCGAAAACGACCACGGCAGCACAAACCACGCCGAAAACCGCAAACGCAAAGCGGAAGCGAAGAAAGCAGCGCAGCGCGAGCGGCAACGCAAAGCAGAAGAGAAGUUCUGCGCCAUCACGCACCGCGACGUCUCUGAAAUGCAGCGCGACCAGAUCCGCCCGGGCAUCAAAAUGUACGUCCGCGCGGCCAAGGCGGAAGACGCGCCGCGCAUCCGCGACAUCUACAAUUACUACGUCGAAUCCUCCGUCUGCACGCCGGAAACGCAGCGCUUGACCGAUACGCAAGUCCACGACCGCCUCACCACCAUCCAAAGCAAAGCCCUCCCCUUCAUCGUCGCCUGCGAACGCGGAGCGAAACUCCCCGCCCGCAAAGGCCGCGGCGCCUACGCCGCCAGCGACCCCAUCACCCUCCCAGACAAAGUGGUCGGCUUCGCCUUCGCCGACGACUUCCACCGCAUCAAAAAGCCCAUGUACCGCUACACCGCGGAGCUGGAGGUGUACGUCGACAAGAACUACCACAUGAAGGGCAUCGCGAAGUGCCUGCUCGACAAGAUGCUGGGUGUCGUGGAUCCCAUGUACCCCGAGAAGCGUGGGUACGAUGUUGUGAGUGAGAGUUUCGACGAGCCGGUAAGGAGGCUGAGUACGCUUUUGUUCCACUUUCCGUACGAGAGUCUGCGGCCGGAGCGGCUGGAGUGGAUGGCGAGGUGGUUGUGUGAUGGGCUUGGGUUUGAGAAGGUGGGGGAUUUACGUGAGGUUGGGAUGAAGGAUGCGAAGAUGGUCAGCGUUGCCAUCUUCCAGCGUAAGACGGGCGAGAGGCUGGAUCCCAAGGAUCUUCCUAUCGCGAUUGAUUGACGAGGCCGACGGGAUGUUGGUGAGACGGGAAUGGCGUUUAUGGAGCUGGUUCGGAUCGUGCAGAGUGCGAGUAGUGUUACAUUGUGAUUAGGCAUACGAAGCUGCGGAGUCCAGGAUAGUACAGAGAUGCUCUCCGUCUACUCUCCCUCUUAUGCCCAUUCGAUCAUUCUCUCGUUGACGCAUACUCAUCCCGCCAGGGCCAGCCCGGCAUGGAAGACUCAAAAUCGUACAUCCCCCUCAUCUCCACCGUCACUUGUCACUAAUCCCAGUGUCGCUGAAACGUAAGAAUUAUCAGCAAACCGCAACCGCUUCCU